AUUGUCUGAGUUGUAAAACACCGAUAGCGAACGUUUAAAACGCGUAUCGUGUAUUCACUAUGUAUCGAAACGGCUAUGUUGACAAUGUCGCAGCUUUAACGUGCUAAAUUAUGAACUCAAGUGAUUUGUCAACGGUUCGACACCGCGGAAGCGGGAGGGACAAGUCUUCUUUAAGUGAACACAAUUAUUGGAUAAAGACUAGUUAUGGGAAAGUUCAAAGAAAAGGUUGCCAUCGUAACAGCAUCGUCCGAUGGAAUGCCUCCCAAAAAGAAACAUGCAAGCGGCAGCAACAGCGCGUAACAGAAAUAGUGGAAUCAGCCGUGUCAGGGGAAGAGUCUACCUCCUCCAUCCAAAACCAAGAAGCCAGUCUUUAUCAACCACCCCCUUUUUCUUCUCUGGCCUGAUAAAGAUCGGAUUUGCUAUCGCUGAGCGACUUGCAUCGGAGGGUGCGUGCGUGAUGGUCAGUAGCAGGAAACACCAAAACGUGGACGGGGCAGUGCGCGAGCUGAAAGACAAGGGCUAUUACCACGUGUCGGGAAUGGUCUGCCACGUGGCGAAUAAAGAACACAGGUCGCGAAUGAUUGAAAAGACGGUGGAGGAGUUUGGUGGAAUCGAUUUCCUGGUAUCCAAUGCUGCUGUGAAUCCAAUCUUUGGUCCGAUCUUAGACUCGACCGAGGAGGCAUGGGAUAAGAUAUUUGACGUAAAUGUCAAGUCGACUUUCUUCCUCGUUAAAGAGGUCGUACCGUACAUGGUAAAGCGCGGAGGCGGCUCUAUAGUGAUCGUAUCGUCACAGGGUGGAUAUACCCCUUCUCAGUUGAUGGGCGCGUACUCGGUCAGCAAGACCGCCCUUCUCGGCCUGGUGAAAGCCCUGGUGCCUCAGCUCACCCAAAUGAAUAUCCGAGUGAACGCAAUCGCCCCUGGAGUCAUCAAGACGCGUUUCAGCGAAAAGCUCUGGAAAGGAAACAACGAGAUUUCAGAUAACUAUCUGAAUACUAUACCGUUGCGAAGGUUUGCAGAGGCGUACGAAUGCGCAGGUGCAGUGUCCUUCCUUUUGUCGGACGACGCAUCGUACGUCACCGGGGAAACAGUCGCAAUUUCCGGUGGAGUUUCUAACAGGCUGUGACAGUCAGUUAAUCUAGCAGGCUGUGACAGUCAGUAUAUGUACAUGGGCUUCGUCUGUACCAUGCGCUAUCCACAAUGUACUAUCUUUGACGUUUUCAUUACAUAAAUUUGGCUAAUA